AUGUCGAGAACUGGAUGGCCUAUUACAAAGCCACAGGUGGUGACUACGCCGACCAGUGCUGUAAAGAAAUUCAGUGAGGCUGUUGGAAGUAUUGAUAGAGCCAUUAAUUUGUAUCCACUCACGAAUUACACGUUUGGAACGAAAGAUGCCCAGGCUGAACGUGACCACUCGGUGCAAGCACGGUUUCAACGAAUGAGGGAGGAAUAUGAAAAAAUUGGCAUGAGGCGUUCUGUAGAAGGCGUGCUUUUGGUUCAUGAACAUUCUCUUCCACACGUCUUAUUGCUUCAGAUUGGCACCACUUUCUUCAAAUUGCCUGGUGGGGAGUUAAAUCCAGGAGAAGAAGAGGUGGAAGGUUUGAAAAGACUACUUACCGAGACCCUUGGUAGGCAAGACGGAGCAAAAGACCUCUGGACUAUCGAAGACACUAUUGGUAAUUGGUGGAGGCCGAACUUUGACCCACCAAGGUAUCCUUACAUUCCUGCACAUGUUACCAAGCCAAAAGAGCAAACAAAGCUUUUCUUGGUGCAGCUUCCUGAAAGAGCGCUUUUCGCAGUUCCAAAAAAUUAUAAGCUAGUUGCUGCUCCCCUGUUUGAACUUUACGACAACGCUACAGGUUAUGGACCUUUGAUUGCUAGCCUCCCACAGACAUUGAGCAGGUUUAACUUCUUAUAUACACCGUGA